AUGGGGUGUGCAACCGCAGGCCAGGCACAGGUGCUGGAGCUCCCAUACCUCAUCGCCAGGUUCGGGGAAAGGCUCGGGAACUACGUCUGGAGGGCUGUGAUAGGGCUGGAUGAAACACCAGGUGUGCCGUCCGCACCCUUUUUUCCCCUUUCACUCAUUUCUUCGCUGGAUGGUCAUCCUGGCUCAGGAGCUGUCCUUCCUAUGAUCUACCUCACCCACUUUACUUCCCCCCGUCUCCGUUCUGGUUCCUCCCCCUUCUCCUCCACCGCUUUCCCUCCCUGUGACAGUCGCUGGAUGACCAUUCUCGCUCAGGAGCUCUCUCUUCGCAUGCUCAAGGACGCAAAGGACAACAAACGCCGCCCGCGCUCCCUGCACCUGCACUAUAGGGGCGGCAGUGACGGUGGCGGCGGCAGUGGUGGGUGGGGAGGAGGGGGAGGAGGGGAGAAGUCACGGUCUUGUGGCAUGCCCCGAGACAUUGAGAGGGUGAUUGAGGAGUUUGUGGACCGAUGGUGCAGGGAAGGGGGAAAGGAGAAGAGUGGGGAGGAGGCGAGGCAUGAGAAGGAGGCAGUGGGCGGGGGAGCACCCUCAAUAAGCACAUGUGUGGAAGAAGGGGCGGGGCUGGGGGCCCAACAAGAUGUGGGUGUGGAAAGCGGUUUAAAGGAUGUGGGUGUGGGUGCGGGUAUGGGAGAGGACGAGUGUGAAGGGGAGGGGGGGUGGAUGGAGGAGGAGAGGCAGAAGCUGCAGGCGCUGCUUUGCGCUGCCAGCCUCACUCUGUUGGCAGGGGGGUCCAGUCAACCGAGUCAACAGGGUCAACCAAGUCAACAGGGUCAACCAAGUCAACAGGGUCAACCAAGUCAACAGGGUCAACCGCAGUCCAGUAAGCAGCACCAAGACCAGGAGGCCAACAAUCCCUCCACCAAUCCCUCAACGCGCCAGUCCAGCAGUCACCCUCUCCCCACUCACCCUCCCCGGCCCCUCUCGUGGGCGUGGGCGCCCUGCUCUCGCCUGGCCCUGUCAGCCUCAAGAUUCGAGCAGCUGAGAGUGAAGAGUCGGAGUGACAGCAACAUGUCAACGCGCCAGUCCAGCAGUCGCCCUCCCCCCUCCCACCGCUCUCGGCCCCUCUCAUGGGCGUGGGCGCCCUGCUCUCGCCUGGCCCUGUCAGCUUCGGGAUUCGAGCAGCUGAGAGUGAAGGUGGGUUGGAGAAGGUGGGUUGGAGAAGGUGAGAGUGAAGGUGGGUUGGAGAAGGUGACAGUGAAGGUGGGUUGGAGAAGGGAGAGUGAAGGUGGGUUGGAGAAGGUGAGAGCGAAGGUGGGUUGGAGAAGGUGA